GAGGCGGGGCGUAGGUGAGCGCUGCAGAGAGGCUGCGCCUUGGGCCGCCUGUCGCCUGUGCGCCUGCGCGCGGCGCCGAGGGGACGGGGUCCGACUCAGAAAUGGCGGCCUCCAUGUUCUACGGCAGGCUGGUGGCCGUGGCCAUUCUUCGGAGCCACCGGCCUCGGACGGCCCAGCGGGCCGCUGCUCAGGUUCUGGGAAGUUCUGGAUUGUUUAAUAACCAUGGACUCCAAGUACAGCAGCAACAGCAAAGGAAUCUCUCACUACAUGAAUACAUGAGUAUGGAAUUAUUGCAAGAAGCUGGUGUCUCCGUUCCCAAAGGAUAUGUGGCAAAGUCACCAGAUGAAGCUUAUGCAAUUGCCAAAAAAUUAGGUUCAAAAGAUGUUGUGAUAAAGGCACAGGUUUUAGCUGGUGGUAGAGGAAAAGGAACAUUUGAAAGUGGCCUCAAAGGAGGAGUGAAGAUAGUUUUCUCUCCAGAAGAAGCAAAAGCUGUUUCUUCACAAAUGAUUGGGAAAAAAUUGUUUACCAAGCAAACGGGAGAAAAGGGCAGAAUAUGCAAUCAAGUAUUGGUCUGUGAGCGAAAAUAUCCCAGGAGAGAAUACUACUUUGCAAUAACAAUGGAAAGGUCAUUUCAAGGUCCUGUAUUAAUAGGAAGUUCACAUGGUGGUGUCAACAUUGAAGAUGUUGCUGCUGAGACUCCUGAAGCAAUAAUUAAAGAACCUAUUGAUAUUGAAGAAGGCAUCAAAAAGGAACAAGCUCUCCAGCUUGCACAGAAGAUGGGAUUUCCACCUAAUAUUGUGGAAUCAGCAGCAGAAAACAUGGUCAAGCUUUACAGCCUUUUUCUGAAAUACGAUGCAACCAUGAUAGAAAUAAAUCCAAUGGUGGAAGAUUCAGAUGGAGCUGUAUUGUGUAUGGAUGCAAAGAUCAAUUUUGACUCUAAUUCAGCCUAUCGCCAAAAGAAAAUCUUUGAUCUACAGGACUGGACCCAGGAAGAUGAAAGGGACAAAGAUGCUGCUAAGGCAAAUCUCAACUACAUUGGCCUCGAUGGAAAUAUAGGCUGCCUAGUAAAUGGUGCUGGUUUGGCUAUGGCCACAAUGGAUAUAAUAAAACUUCAUGGAGGGACUCCAGCCAACUUCCUUGAUGUUGGUGGUGGUGCUACAGUCCAUCAAGUAACAGAAGCAUUUAAGCUUAUCACUUCAGAUAAAAAGGUACUGGCUAUUCUGGUCAACAUUUUUGGAGGAAUCAUGCGCUGUGAUGUUAUUGCACAGGGUAUAGUCAUGGCAGUAAAAGACUUGGAAAUUAAAAUACCUGUUGUGGUACGGUUACAAGGUACACGAGUCGAUGAUGCUAAGGCACUGAUAGCGGACAGUGGACUUAAAAUACUUGCUUGUGAUGACUUGGAUGAAGCUGCUAGAAUGGUUGUAAAGCUCUCUGAAAUAGUGACCUUAGCGAAGCAAGCACAUGUGGAUGUGAAAUUUCAGUUGCCAAUAUGAUCUGAAAACCCAGUGGAUGGCUGAAGGAGUUGAUUGACCACCAGUUGAGACCCUGCAGUUCAUCAGUUGAGAGUGACAAUUCCAGAGUGACCAGCUGAGCAUGUAAUAUGAAGGAAACUGGAGAAAAGCCUCAACUACUUUAUGAUUAUUCCUAUGAUUUGUUCUUAAAGCAGAGAAGCAUCUUUUUAUUUGUUUUUGAUAUCCUUGUUUGAUGAAACCAGCAUCGUUUUAGAAAAAAUAUCUUUGUUUUAGUAAAAAUGACACAUACUCAUUGAAAAAAUAAACCCCUUCAAAACUGGAAUGAUACAAGAAAGUGCAGACAAGUAAAAAUCACCUGCAGUGCCAGAACCCAGAAAUAACUAAUGUUAACAGUUUUGUAAACAAUCUUCUGGUCGUCUCUAAAUAUGAGCAUAUGUGGAUAGAUAUAAAUACACUUUUAUAUAAAUAGGAUCAUAUACAUAAUGUUCUAUAAUCUGCAUUUCUUCAGUCCAUGGCAUCAAAUAUAGGACUACAUAAUUUUUAAUAGCUGCACAUACAAGAGAAUGUGUAUAUCAUGGUUUAUUUAACCUAGCCUUGCAAUUAUUGACAUUUGGUUUAUAUGUCUUUAACAUUAUAAAUAACAGGUGAACACUGGUGCAUAUGUCUUUCAGCACAUGGGUAAUUUCUCCUUAGGGUAAAAACCUGUAAGUGGAAUAGCUGUGUAAAAGCAUGAACCGCUUUCCAGAAAGUCUUUUUUGGUUACUCUUCCAUUCAUAAUGCACAAUAAUAUUUCCAUACUUGAUAACAUUGUAUUGCUAAUUCCAAUGGGCAAAAACCGUGCCCUGUUUAAUGUUGAUUGAGCUUUCAUCUGUUGACUGGGCAUUUGUGGAAGUGUAUGUGUGUGUGUGUUUGUGUGUGUCAGCGUAUGACUUCCUUUUCAUGUUCUUUUUUUUUUUUUUUUUGAGACGGUGUCUCGCUCUGUCACCCAGGCUGGAGUGCAGUGGCACGAUCUCAGCUCACUGCAAGCUCCGCCUCCCGGGUUCACGCCAUUCUCCUGCCUCAGCCUCCUGAGUAGCUGGGACUACAGACACCCGCCACCAUGCCCGGCUAAUUUUUUGUAUUUUUAGUAGAGACAGGGUUUCACCGUGUUAGCCAGGAUGGUCUCGAUCACCUGACCUUGUGAUCCGCCUGCCUCAGCCUCCCAAAGUGCUGGGAUUACAGGCGUGAGCCACCGCGCCCAGCCCUUUUCAUGUUCUUUGACUAUUUUUCUAUUGACUGUUCAUUCUUCCUAGUAUUAAUAACUUUUUGUAUAUUUGAGAUUAACCAUUUUUGCCUAUUACGUAUUUUAUAUAUAUAUGUCAUAUGUCAUUUUAAAUAUAAUGAAAUGUAUUAGUCUUUGUGGUUUCUAGUUUUCAUGAUAUGUUUUGAAAGGCUUAAUUGUUUUGUUAUAAAGUCUGAACUUGAGUUAUGAAUGCAAAUUUCCCCUCUCAAAUGCCUAAUCUGUUUCCCAAACACCAUUUACUUAUCCCUUAAGGGAUUUACUUUUCCCUAUUUGAUCUAUUUCCCACCAAUUUUAAAAUGUCAUCUUUAUCAUAUACUAACUUCCUGAAUGUUCUUGCGUGUAUAUGAAACUGGCACAUACAGGGAGACUCUUUAUUUAACUUUUACUUAAAGUAGGAGGUAGGAAAGAGAUCUGUUGAAACCAUGACAGAGAGUGUUGCAGCACCUGUCAAAGUUAUCCUUGCUUAUUUGUAGAAAAAUUGAACUUUCCAUUUUCCUAACUUUCAACUUUCAAUUGAAUGACUCUGAUUCUACUAGGAAAAAAAUAAAAGCUAUACUAUUUGAUGCCAGAUGUAUGACUGUGGGCUGAUGAGGAAGAACUGGAAACAAAUGACAGGUGAUUCACUGCUGUGUGUCUGGUGUGCCAUGACUCUCUUGAAGGGGGGCAGUGUUGAUCUGAAUCUUUUUGUCUAAUGCUUUUUCUUCCUCUGGGAGGGAUGCUGAAGAGGGGCAGCUGAAGGAGCAGUCUUAAGCAAAUUGGUCAUGGCUUUCUUAAAUAUUGUGAUUCGAUUGAUAUGGAACAUUUUUUCAGUCUGUGAGAGACUUUUCAUUAUGGGCUAACUCAUAAAAAACCGUAGAUUAAAUUUUCCCAGGCUGUUGGUUCUCUUGUGUUUGGUAUCAUACAUCAGCUUGAAACCUUUGGCCUUUGUGGAAGCUUUGUGGAGACCACUGAACAGACUUGGAGCCAUAUCUGACUCGCCUGCCAGCAUUCCUGAUGUUCAGUGCCUCUUAUUGCCCCUGUCCAUGGCAUUCUCCUCUGUGGUUAUGUGAAAGGAAAAUAAAUCACUAAGCCAAGGGAAAAAUCAAACUGGGAGCUAUGUCAGGCAAACCUGCCUCCCAUUUUUUUCCUAAAUAACAUAGCUACAUACCUCCCUCACAAUUUGCCACAGAUCCUCGUCCACAAGGAAAUUCACUGUGGACAAAGGACAGACAGAACUCAAAGUCAUCCCUCUGAGACUCACCUGAGACAAAUGCAUAUCUGAUUGCUUCCUUUGCCCUAUUGUUUAUGUAAAAAUGCAAAUUCACUGAGUCAGACUAAGUUGUGUAUUGAGUGGAAGGCUGAUCAGGACUCAAAAGAAUGCACCCUUAUGUCUUUCAUCUACUUCUAACCUGGAAGCCCCCAUGUUGAGUUGUCCCGCCUUACCUGGCCAAACCAAUGUACAUCUUACACAUGUUGAUUAAUGUCUCAUGUCUCCCUAAAAUGUAUAAAAGCAAGCUGUACCCCAGCCACCUUGGGCACAUGUCGUCAGGGCCCCCUGAGGCUGUGUCACGGGUGCCUCCUUAAUCUUGGCCAAAAAGACAAAAAAAAACUUAACUAAAUUGACUGAGACCCGUCUCAGAUACUUUGGGUUAACAGUUAGGUUCUACCCUUUGAUGCCUGUUUACUUGACUGUGUACUGAGACCAGCUGCUUCACUGAACAUUAAUACCACAACAGGCAACGAUUUUGUUUUGUGGUAGGGUACUUGGCCUAGUGCCCAUUUUGUAGAUGUGUCAUUGCUGAGAAGGCAGAACAGUAAGGGGAUUUAAAAAAUUUAUACACUGUUAUACAUUGUCACUGAAAUGCCAAAUGAUUUAGCUUUUGUUAUUGUCACUCAGCCUGCUUACUUGAGCAGGGUUUGGCAAGCCAGUAAUUUAGGGGACUUGUGAGUGAAAUACCAUGUGAAUAAAGUCCAUUGUUUCCUUAGUUAGAAAAAGGCUAAUUGACUUACAUACUGUUUCUGAGGUGAGGAAGUUCCAUUAACAAAAUGAAACCAAGCCAAAGAAUCCAGUGUUUCUCAAUUUAACCUAGUCAAAUAUCUGAUAUCUCUUUGAGAAAUGGAUACCCAGUGUCAAUAAUCCUAUGAGGUUAAUGGCAGUUAAACAAUGGUUUGCUUAAACAGUAACUGGCAAAUGCUAUAGGGCAAAGCCUAUUUGUGGUGUAGGGGGUGCUUGCAUCAGUUGAUCGGCUAUGCUGUAUUCACGUGCUUUCUGAAAUAUCUGUGGCAGGGACAAAAGUUCCUAUUUGGUGCUCACUUUGGACUUUUAUUUUUGUUUCCUUUGCAGUUGCAAAGAUCUUUUCUGUAGCCUCAGCUGAUCUAAUCCAGUGGUUCUCAGAUUUCAGUGUACAUAAAUCUUUUGGAUGCCUGUUAAGCAUACAGAUUCCUAGGCCCAUACCCAGCUAUUCUAAUUCAGCUGGCCUGGCAACAGGCAUGUUUAAUAAAUUUCUUAGGUGAUUCUAAUGCAUGUGUUCCUUUGAAAAAAAAUUGGAUUGGGUCAGGAUGUAGGAGAAAAGGAAUUGAUACCGUUUUAUGCGUGUGUUAUGUACUAGAUCUGGUUAUGGCAGGAUGCCUCAUUUCAGUGGUUCCCUUCUAAACCCCAAAUACCAUGUCCACCUGUUCGAGACAUAAUAUCCCUAUGUUUGUGAGAACCUGUGCUUAGGGAAUGAUUCCUUCGGUUUGAAGCUUCUUAUUGUCCUUUAAAAUGCAGAUAUGCAGGAGGAGAUAUCUUUUUAUGGCUUAGCACAAUGCUGCUCAAAGCGCCAGUCUCUGAAGCUAUUUGUUCUUGACUUGCAACCAGGUAAGGAUCUUUUGCCAGGAUUUAAGUCAAUUAUGUCAUGAAGCACACUAUUUAGUUCAUCUGAAAUAUAUUUUUAUCUUGGUAGCAAGGUAGCAAGACUUUCCAAUGCAGGAAGCUUCAGUGCUUUCAUUUAUAUUCUGAUGUAAGUUAUCUUAUUGCAGACUGGUAACAAACACUGUCUUCACAGACAUUUGAGCCUUAGGUAUGAAUGGAGCAGCUUUGGGUGGAGGGAUAUCUCCAUGACUGGGUGGGAAAAGGUCCAGAAAGACAACAUUGGAGUCACCAAAUACUAACUGUUCACUAGGCUUGGCUGUUAUAAAAGCUGCCAAAAUUCAUGCUUAUGGUUUGACUGGAUUUCUUUUCUCUGCUUAGUAUGCCCUUCAGUAGAAGUGCCAAAAAAAAAAAAAAAAAAAAGACAAA